AUGGCUUCCAAUAACACGAUCAAAUGGUAUAAAAAAAUAUUGGGUGAAAAUUUAAUUAAUUGUAAAGGAGUGAAAAAUGAAAAUCGGUGUGAAAAUCAAAAUAUAUCUGUGGAUUCGUUAUUUGAUAUAUUAAAUAAAAAUCAGAGUGAUAAUUCAAAAUUGGUUAUCGGUUUAUUUUUUUGUCCAGUCGAAGGAGUUCCAGACGAAUGUACAAAUUAUUUAAUACAAUUAUAUAAAAUAAUGAAUGGUGGAAAUGACGGUUUAUCGAAUCCAAACGUCAAUGAAAAAAAUAAUCAAAUCCAACAACAGCGUAAAACACUUUUAGAAGUCAUACAUAUUUUUUUAACGAAUAGUAUUCACUGGUUGGAUAGAUGUACCAUUGACGAAAAUAAAAUAUAUGAGCAUUUAAAAGAUUUUCCAUGGUAUUCCAUACCCGUGGGUGAUAAAGAACGUGUGAUUAGACUCACGAGAAGAUAUCAGAUAAAAUCAUUAACGCCAUCCCUAAUAUUAUUAAAUGGUAGAACUGGGAAAAUAAUAACAAAACAUGGAAGGGAAAAACUUAUGGAAGAUCCGACUGGUAUUAAUUUUCCAUGGAAACCGAGGCCCUUAGAAAUGGUUCUUGAAAAUGUCGAAUUAUUACCGGGAAAUGAAAAUUCUUUUACGAAAUCAACAACAAAUUAUCAAAAUUUAAAUGGACAAAUUAUCGGAUUUUAUUUUUCAGCUCACUGGUGUCCACCUUGCAGAGGAUUCACGCCACAACUUAUCGAAACAUAUAACAGAUUAAAAAAAAUGAGAAAAAAUUUCGAAAUAAUAUUUGUAAGCUCGGACAGAAGUCAAGAAUCUUAUAAAACUUACCUACAAACUAUGCCGUGGUUAGCCGUACCUUAUUCAGAAUCAGAAUGCAGAAGAGAACUUGCGUCCUUAUUUGGUAUACAAGGAAUACCAACGUUGGUGAUUGUCGACACCGAUGGUACCGUUAUAACAACAGACGGAAGAGGAGAAAUAAAUGACGAUCCAAACGGACAAAUGUUUCCAUGGCGUCCAAGAUUGGUUAACACAUUAACCGAAAGACAUUCGGCAAAACUUCAAGAUAUUCCAGCCGUAAUUCUUUUCGUCGAAGACGAAACUGAAAUGGAAUUUGCCGAAACUGUUUUAUCACCGGUUGUUAAAAAUUUUUUUCAAAAUUAUCAAAAUGAUGAAAUGCCAAUUGAAUUCUUCGUUGCGACCGACCUAAACCUUAAAACAGUCGGAUGCUUACUAUAA